AUGCCCCUAGAAAUACCAAAUGGAGAGAACCGAGUGGAACUGACUGCAAAAGGGGGCAGCUGCUACUACUUCAGCAUGGGCUCUGAUUCCACAAUGAAUGCAGCACGGAGGUCAGCCAGGAUAGAUUCAGAAGUGACAGAAUCCCAACUGGAACCCUCCAUCAAUGCCACCGAGAUGCCCAACAAGGCGAAUGUUUUUUCAGACAUGAAAGAUAAAUUCAUGAACAAAUUGGGGAAACUGCCAAUACCACCAUGGGCUUUGGCCACCAUUCUUAUUGUUGCCGGCCUUUUGCUUCUCUGCUGCUGCUUCUGCGUUUUUAAAAAAUGCUGUGGCAAGAAAAAGAAAGGGAAGAAAGGCAAAGACAAAGUCAAGGCACAGAUCAACAUGAAGGAAGUGAAGGAGUUGGGCAAAAGCUACAUUGAUAAGGUACAACCAGAGGUUGAGGAUUUAGAUCCAUCGUUGUUACAGGAAUCUGAAGUGGAGAAGCGAGAGGAGAAGCUGGGGAAACUCCAGUACUCUCUUGAUUAUGACUUCCAGAGCACACAGUUGGUUGUGGGCAUUAUACAAGCUGCUGACCUCCCAGCGCUGGACAUUGGGGGUACCUCCGAUCCUUACGUCAAAGUCUUCCUGCUUCCAGAGAAGAAGAAAAAGUUUGAAACCAAAGUCCAUCGCAAAACUCUCAACCCUACAUUUAAUGAAUCUUUCACCUUUAAAGUCCCUUAUUCAGAACUUGGUGGUAAGAUUCUCGUCAUGGCCCUCUACGACUUUGACCGCUUCUCCAAGCAUGAUGUCAUUGGUGAGAUCCGUAUCCCCAUGAACACUGUGGACCUGGCACACGUGAUCGAGGAGUGGCGAGAUCUGCAGUCAGCAGAGAAGGAAGAGCACGAGAAGUUGGGAGACAUUUGUUUUUCACUCCGAUAUGUCCCUACGGCUGGGAAACUGACAGUGAUUGUGCUAGAAGCCAAAAAUCUCAAAAAGAUGGAUGUGGGAGGGCUUUCAGAUCCAUAUGUGAAGAUCCAUCUCAUGCAGGGAGGGAAACGUAUCAAGAAGAAGAAAACAACUAUCAAGAAAAAUACACUGAAUCCCUAUUAUAAUGAAUCCUUCAGCUUUGAGGUGCCUUUUGAACAAAUCCAGAAAGUCCAGGUUGUCCUGACGGUCCUGGAUUACGACAAACUAGGCAAGAACGAGGCCAUCGGGAAGAUCUUUGUAGGCUGCAAUGCCACGGGUACUGAGCUGCGCCAUUGGUCUGAUAUGCUGGCCAAUCCCCGGAGACCUAUUGCUCAGUGGCACACUCUGCAACCUGAAGACGAGGUGGAUGCAGCAAUUGGGAUAAAGACCUCUUGA